GAGAGCGCUUCUGAUUUAUUUUCAUUUUAUUUUAAUCGUUUGUUUGUUAGUUAAACCGACUUAUUUUAUUUUGUCCCCCUCUUGUUUGGGUAAAAAAAGUUUCGCGUGUGUUUUUUUUUUAAAUUUCCAGAAGAUGGUGAUUUUAUUUCCAUGGUCCGGGUCUGUGUGAACACUGAGUUAUUCUCUUCUUCCCCCUUUUCAUUUGUGUGCUUAACUCUCAACAGACUUUUAAAAACAAAGAAUCGUGGUUGUGAAACGUGCGGAUGUGUUUACAGGGAUGGUGUGUCGGUCCCACAAUAUAAAAACGCUUUAAAACAGAAAAGAAAUAAACUUUCCUGUGAAGGACUGAGACCUGCAUUUUUGUGUUUAACUUUCUUGUGAAGUUCCCCUGAAAGUUGAGCUGGGAGUUUUUUUCCUCCCCCCCCCCCACCAACCCUCUCUCAGAUUGCAAUUUCCCAAAAGACUGUGGCCUGAGCCAUUCAUCCCCCGCCACUCCUGCUGCGAACCUGCUUUGCGAGAAAACAACCAGGAAGAAACAAACACAAGUCCUUUAAACGCCUUGUUUCUUUCUGGAGUGGAAAUGGACGCGAACCUCUUAAAGAUCUUGCACAAAAUAAUCUAGUUUUUAAACACGGGACCAAGGAAUUUUGGGCACAAACUCUCCUCUCAGGAUAAAUAAUUGCAGAUCAGAACCACAUCUAUCUCAUGAAGAGGAACACACCAUUAUGAAUCCAGAUGCAGAACAUGAUACGACUGGAAAUGUUGCCCAUGAACGUGCUGAAAUAGUAUCAAAGUAUGACAAGGGACGGGAAGGUGCAAAGAUCGAUCCAUGGGAAGAUGCAGACUUCCAUAUUUAUAAAAUCACUGAUCGAUUUGGUUUUCUACAUGCGAAGGAGCUACCAAUGCCUGAUGCUAUAGAAGAAAGGCUAAAACAAAUUGAAAUAGAAAGAACAGGAAAAUGGUUAAAAAUGUUGAAAAGCUGGGACAAAUACAAGAAUAGUGAAAAGGUGGUGCGGAGAAUUUAUAAGGGAGUCCCAUUGCAACUGAGGGGAGAGGUCUGGUCGUUGAUUCUGGAAAUACAAAAAAUAAAACUGGAGAAAAAAGACUUGUAUGAUAAACUCAAGAACCGAGCGCGGGCAAUAUCUCCUGAUAUCAGGCAAAUCGACCUUGACGUGAACCGUACUUACAGGGACCAUAUCAUGUUCAGGGAAAGAUAUGGAGUCAAGCAGCAAGCUUUAUUCCAUGUUUUAGCAGCUUAUUCCAUGUACAACACGGAAGUGGGUUAUUGCCAGGGAAUGAGUCAGAUCACUGCACUGCUUCUUAUGUAUCUGAAUGAGGAGGAUGCCUUCUGGGCACUUGUUAGACUACUAUCUGGGCCAAAACACAGCAUGCAUGGAUUCUUUGUCCCAGGCUUCCCAAAGCUUCUACGGUUUCAAGAACACCAUGAUCGGAUUUUGAAGAAGUUCAUGCCUAAGCUUAAACAGCAUUUCGAUUCUCAGGAUGUCUUUACAUCUUUGUACACAAUGAAGUGGUUCUUUCAGUGUUUCCUGGACCGAACUCCUUUCACUCUCACAUUGAGGUUGUGGGAUAUCUACAUGCUGGAAGGAGACCGGAUUCUUACAGCAAUGUCAUACACAAUUCUUAAACUGCACAAAAAACAUAUGCUGAAGUUAGCAAUGGAAGACUUGAUAGAGUUUCUGCAGGAAUCUCUGGCCAAGGAUUUCUACUUCGAAGAUGACUUUGCUGUGGAUCAGCUUCAAAAUUCCAUGUCUGAGUUAAAGCGUAGUAAACUGGACUUGCCACCACCAGCUAAACCUGAAGAAUUUCCACAGAAAUCUCUUGGGCAAAUGCCUGCCGAGCACCAAGAGCCACCCAUUCUCAAUCACUUGACCAAUGGACAGAACAAUGUAAUUAAAGGAGGCCCACCAGCCUCGAAGAAGAAAGAUAAGAAGGCGUCACCAGAGAAAGUGCAAGAGAAGCAGCCUGACAUUAGGCCCAAGAAGAGCCCCUUGGAAAAGCCAACUGUGAAAUCCCAAAAGGCAGGUUUCGUGGAAAAUAAGGGAGGCAAAGUGAAGGUUUUGCCAGACCUUGAUCAGCUCAAACAAAAAGGGCAGCCAACGCAGCGUGCAUUGGUGCACGCCAACCCCAAACAGCUGAGCAAUGCCACUGCUAACCAGAACUCAAAUGCAAAUCCCGGUGUCAGAAAGGAAUUUGCACCAAAAUGGAACAAACCUUCGGGUCAGAAAACUUCAGAUUCGACUUCAAAACAUUCUGCGGAUGGCAGGGGCAGAACUGGAAGUUACAAUGCAUCGAGCUCCCAUUCCAGUCCAGAUGAGGCGCACGUGUUCUUCGGCAGAACGAAAGGGUUGAUUAUUGAAGUCGACGAAACAAAGAGAGACUCGAAUGCUUCAGAAUAUGACAAUGUUCCUGGAGUUGAUCAUGAAUACGAGACGUGCGCUGAGGACAUGGUUGAACAUGGGGAAUCAAGUACAGCACAAAAUAAUGCACACUCCAAGGAAGCUACCAGUCCCUCAAAGAUCUCACCUGUACAGUUUUCAAGUAAGGCAGUCAAUGCUAGUGCAACUUAUCAACAAAGGCCUUCACGGACUCAUUCUUCAUCAGUAAGUUCUAACCAAAGAUCUUUAAUAAAACGACAGCCUUCUUCGCCACCAUCCUACUCUGGUCCUCCUGGGUACCAUGGUAGUCUACCUCAGUACUCACCAACUAGAGCUAAAGACAUGCCUGUGUUCUCACAGUACAGUUACAAUAUGUCUGCCGGUCGGCAAAGCCAUGACAGUAGACCGUAUGUUAACAAGGUAGCACACAUGCCAAACUAUGACGAGACUAGUAGGAACUCCCACACUCUUGGCCGUCAAUUUUCGAACUCUUCGUCUUUCAGAACUGCGGCACGGCCUUUAGAUCACAGUGUACAAUAUGAUUCGGGAAACCCGACCAGUUACGUAAGGCAACCCGCUCUGUUUGAGCUCGGCGCACAGCAGCGCUCGCCAGAGUACCAACACGACUACAAAAAGAGGCAAGAGCAAUAUGAACGACAGUGGAAUCAGGAAGCUGAGUUAAGGUACAGAGGAAACAUGCAGAGGUCGCCGAGCUUCCACAAUGCACAGCAGACUCCUCACCCCGAGUUUAGCUACCCGGGCGUUCCUGCAAGUGGCAGCGGUAUCUAUAGUAGAACAUCACCACACUCUGACACACAUGCACAAACACAACAUUCACAUCCAGCUCCGACUGGUCCCCAGCAUUUCGGAAACCCUCAGACGGACAGAAGAACCAUCCCAGAGUCAGUAUUGCUUUAGGACUCCUGCUUCCCCCUUCUCCAAAGUGAGUGAAGAGCAUUAAUGAAAGAGAAAAUUACCUGACUUUCGAAAUGACUUCACUGUAUUCAAAAGAAACGUUAUACAAAAGAAAUGGUGUAUAGCACAGGCUGAAAUAAUUGAAGAAUUCCUAACAAUGUACAGAAGGUAUUUCUCUUUGUUAAACUAAAAUUAACAAAUUCAGCAAGCCACGUGAAAAUGAUUACUCACCUCAUUGUUUAAAGUUGUCGAGCUCGCACAGUUUAUAAUCGAGUAAUAGGGGGCAGUGAGAUUUGAACCCAAGCGCAGAAGAUUGAAGCAAACAUCUCAGUAAUGUACCACAGGUCGCUUAAUUUCAAGAACGGGUCGAUAUUCUGCAUCCACUGAUAAUGUAGGUUGACCCUGGAUUGUCGCUUAUAUAAACCUUGACAUGACAAUUUUGAAGGUUGAUUGAGCAAUAACUUUUGCAGAUUGUGGUCAGAAAUCUCGGAGAAUGUUAUGAAUUAUUCCGGGUCACUCUUGUGAUCUUUUGCUUUGUAACUUCCAAGGAAGGGUAACUGGGUCGAAUUUCCCCUGAGGCAAAACUGGGCAGGCAUUUAUAAUGCUGGCAAUAACCCCGACUACUUGCUUUCUUCCUGCACUUGCACAGGUAUAUUGAAGACUGCAGAGAAGUCAGUGCCACUACACUUGAGUUGAUAGGAAUAAAAUAUUGAAGUCCCAACAAAAGGAAAAAAAUACCAAGUAUUUUCUAAUGUCAGUACACAUUUGUUUUCAAUUCACUUUUAAUGGUAGCCAUGUGCAUCAGGACAGAUCAUUUGCAGAAAAAUGUUUUAUUGUAAAAUAACAGAUUAAUCUUUUACUCUUUACUGUGUCAAUUACACCCGUUCGUACUGAAUACAUUCAUAGGAAUCAUCUGCCCUAACACGUGAAAUGGUAGAAACAGUGCUGGAAUUGCAGACUGCUUGAUAAUGAAUAACACAUUCUCUCGGUGGCAAGUCGUGGUACCAAUAGGUGUUCGAGUUGGGACCAGGUGGGUUUUGGACCAGUUUGCUUUGCAGUUUUGUCUUGGGGCUGUUGUCCCAUUUUUCUUUUUAAGCGACUUGGCCCGAUUUACGCCCAAGUAUUCCAUAAUGAAAAUGCUAUAUUGACUUUUUAAUGGUUUUAAAUAGAAAAGAGCAGAAACAACUGCUUCCAUGUACACCUCUGUUUGCAGCGGCAGUCAUUUAGGCUUUGAAAAAUUUCAGCAGAGCAGAUAAAACUCUGGUGUGAAAACAUGUAAAAUAAUUAAAAACACUGAACCAUUUACUGGCUUUGAUUCCGUGUAAGUAAAAUAACACUAUUGUCUGUAUAUGUGUGUAAUGUAUAUAAAUAUAUAUAUAUAUACACCUCAAAUGUGCAAACUAAAUUAUCAAUAUAUUAGAUACAUCCUGAUCUGAAUAAAUCGAAAGUUAAUUUCUUAACUCUUUGCUUGAUGAAACAAUUGCAGACAAACUCAAAUAAUAUCGUUAAAAUAUGUAAUUAUUUGUCAUAAUCCUUUAAGUCUUAAUCUUGAGUCUUUAAUAUGGACACUUGCUGUAUAGUAAACUAUAAGUGGUAUGGAACCUGCUUUCUGAAAUAUAUGCAUCAACAUUGGUAAAUACUGUAGAAUUUAUAUUCACUAUUUUCUUAAGGCAUCUGCAGCAGUUUUAUAGUUGUAUUCUAUUUUGACGUGACUGUACUUUUUUUUAAUGUUACAACAAAUAAUUUGAUCAAGUUUGGUUUCCUGUGUUUUAC